AUGACUGUCUUUAUUGCAUCUCUAUUUCUCCCUUAUACCGUCAACUUCCACCUCGACAAGUCUCCCAGCGAGCGAUCCUACCCUGGCAGUCCCAGAUCGAGAUCCUCCCGGCCAUCGACUCCCGUGCGUCCAUCGACUCCCGUGCGCAAUCCCGCGGUGAGUCUGUUUGCGAGACGUGAGAAUGACUUGGCCAAGAAGGGAUUGACGCCCGGGGCGACCACGGAGCAUGAACGCAUCUUCACCCCGCAGAUCUCCAGGUUCGACAAGCAGGAUGGAUACCCUUUUGCGUCCACCCCCCAAGAGCUCCAUGGCCUGGCCCAGAGCGAGGCUCACUCUCCCGUCUGGGGCGCGACCUCCUCCUUCACCCAACCCCGCCCGCAGAACAACAUCGCCCUGCCCUCGCCAUCAAUCCUCAAGCACGAAGAACCCGUCUUGCCGCAGGAGCCCAAGCGCGGAACUAUCGAAGCCAUAAAGGCCCAGGAACAGCAACUGAGGGGUCACCACCGGUCCAUCUCCUUCUCCCGCGCUGACUGGACGAUCGUGCCGGCGGAGCAGGGCAAUGGUGGCCUCCGAAACGCGGUGCGCUCGGCCAGAGAUUCUGGCACACUGGAGGACAUCAAGUGGGUGGGCACUCUGGGCAUGCCGACCGAUGCAUUGGACGACGACACCAAGGCAACGAUCGCGGAGACGCUCGAGAAUGAACACGAGUCGCUGACCGUCUAUGUCCGAGACAUCGACUUUGACGGACACUAUUCGCACUUCUGCAAGACCAUUCUGUGGCCAGUCUUCCACUAUCAGAUCCCCGACAACCCCAAGAGCAAGGCGUAUGAGGACCACUCGUGGAUCUACUAUGUCAAGAUCAACGAGGCCUUUGCGGAGCACAUCGCCAGGAACUGGCGGCGCGGCGAUGCCAUCUGGAUUCACGAUUAUCAUCUGCUGCUUGUCCCGGCCAUGCUGCGGAAGAUGCUGCCAGAUGCGCAGAUCGGCUUUUUCCUCCAUGUGGCCUUCCCCUCGUCGGAGGUCUUCCGCUGUCUGGCACCCCGCAAGGAGCUGUUGGAGGGCAUGUUGGGUGCCGACUUGGUCGGGUUCCAAACCGACGAGUAUUGCCGUCAUUUCCUGCAGACGUGCAGUCGCAUCCUCUGUGUGGAAGCGCAGAACGAGGGCAUUCAGCUGGAAGAUCGCUUCGUCAACGUGGGCAAGUUCCCCAUCGGCAUCGAUCCCAAGUCGUGGGACAAGCGACGCCAGAGUCCGGACGUCGAUCACUGGGUCAAGUUGAUCGCGGAGAGAUACGAGGGGAAGCGGCUGAUUGUCUCGCGGGACAAGCUCGACACGGUUCGGGGCGUGCGUCAGAAACUGCUGAGUUAUGAACUCUUCCUCAAUACGUAUCCAGAAUGGAAGGACAAGGUCGUCCUCAUUCAAGUUGCGUCUUCUACCACCGAGCAGAUGGAGCUGGAAACCGCAAUUACCGACAUCGCCACGCGCAUCAAUUCGACUCAUUCGACCUUGGCUCAUCAACCUCUCGUCUUCCUCAAGAAGGACCUCUCCUUUGGCCAGUAUCUCGCACUCCUCACCGUUGCCGAUGCUCUGAUGAUAACCAGUCUCCGCGAGGGGAUGAACCUGACCAGUCACGAGUUUGUCUUCUGCCAGGAUGGGAAGUACGGGCCCAAGGCGCAUGGCUCGCUCAUUCUCAGCGAGUUCACCGGGAGUGCGUCGGUGUUUGAUGGCCAUGCCCUGCUGGUCAACCCCUGGGACUACCGUCAAUGCGCGGAGGCUAUCCACACGGCGCUGUCCAUGAGCGAUGCCGAACGGGAGGAGGUGUGGCAUAAGCUGUAUGAUGCUGUGUUGCAGAACUCGACGGUCAACUGGGUCAAGUCCUUCCGCGAGACGCUGUCCAAGGUCUGGAACGAACACUCAUCGCGCGAAACGAUGGCAGUGCCACGCCUGUCUGUCGACGAGUUGGAAGAAAACUACCGCAAGUCCCGCCGUCGGCUUUUCAUUCUGGAUUAUGAAGGGACUCUGGCCUCGUGGGGGUCUCCGACCAGCAUUAUUCUGACGACGCCGCAGCGGGCACUCACCACGCUGACGGACCUGGUCGAGGAUCCGAGGAACAUUGUCUACGUGAUGAGCUCGAGAAUGCCGGAGGAGAUGGAGCGACUGUUCCGCCGGGUUGCGGGAUUGGGACUGAUCGCGGAGAACGGCUGCUUUGUGCGCGAGCCGCAGAAGGAGAGCUGGAUCAAGCUGAACCAGGAGAGUGAUACGAAGGUGUGGAAGUCGGGCGCGAUGGGGAUUCUCAACUACUUCCGCGAGCGGACCGAGGGCAGCUGGAUCGAGGAGCGGCAUUGCUCGCUCGUUUUCCACUAUGCCUCGGCGGAGGACAAGGUGACGGCGGCUCGACAGGCGUCGGAGUGUGCCGACCAUAUCAACGACGCAUGUGCGAGCCAGCGCGUGCACGCGACGCCGAUCGAUGGGGCGCUGGUCGUGCAGACCUCCGACACCAACAAGGCGACGGCGGCGGAGCUGGUAUGGCGCUACACCAUCGAGAGGAGCAAGACGGAGGACGACGAUGGCCGACCGGAUUUCCUGCUGGUUGUGGGGGACAAUCGGGAAGACGAAGUGGUAUUCCGCUGGGCGAACAAGCUGGCGGAAGCCAAGGCGAUUGAGAAUGUGAUGACGGUGACGCUGGGGUCGAGAAGCACGGAAGCGAAGGCCACGUUGACGCAGGGAGUGACUGGUGGGUAG